UCUCAUUCCUCUACUUUAAUUUCCUAUACCUGUAAUCUUUUGACUUGUGCCACUUCGAUAUCACAAUGACUCAAUCUGUCCUCAUCACAGGCUGCAGCGAAGGCGGCAUCGGGUCCGCUUUAGUGGAAGAAUUCCACGCUAAAGGGCUGCAUGUUUACGCGACCGCUCGUUCUAAAGCCAAAAUGGCACAUCUCAAAGAAUUGCCAAACGUCAGCUUCCUUGAGCUAGACGUAACCUCUUCGUCGAGUAUCGAGGAGGCAGCGAAGUUCGUCCAGGACCAUGCCGGGAAGCUCGAUAUUCUAGUCAACAACGCCGGUCAAUCCAUGGUGUAUCCGGCUUUAGACAGUGGCAUUGAGAAUUCAAAAAAGCUGUUCGAUAUCAACUUCUUCGGGCCGGUUGCUGUGACUCAGGCUUUCGCUCCCCUAAUAAUUGCUGCGAAGGGCACUGUCGUGAAUGUCUGUUCGAUGUCGGGCGUUGCGAAUGCGCCGUGGUUGAGUGUAUACAAUGCCUCCAAAGCAGGUCUCCAAUCAUGGAGCGAGAGCCUCCGACUAGAACUCCAGCCAUUCGACGUGAAAGUUAUCUCACUAGUCACCGGCUCCGUUUCAACAAAUCUGCUCACGCACUCUGAUAUUCGCUUGCCGGAAGAUUCGCUGUACCUCAAGGCGGCCGAUCGGAUCCAAGCGCGCGGAGCGGGCCAGGACGUGAAGUCGAAGGACUCUCCCGCUGCGUUUGCGCAGAAGGUUGUGGAGGAUGUCCUCGGCGGUGCUAGGGGGCUGGUUUGGCGCGGGAAAGCAGCAUCGGUAAUAUGCUUCCUGUCGAAGAUUGCACCUAUGUGGUUUAUGGUAAGUCACAUUUUUACAUCCCUGAUGGAUAGAGCUGACAAUGUUUUCCCUACUAGGAUCUUGCCUUGUCGUUUGGUACGGGCCUUGAUCGAUUGAAG